AUGCUUCCCGAACGCCUCCGCGCCGUGUUCCAUCUCGCUGCCAUCUUGUUACUGCCCUCCAUUGCCCGUGGGCAGGACACAAAACCUCUAAAUGACACCAGUGGCGCGACGAACAAUGUGCAAUUUACGAUGGAUACCACCAUGAACAUGCAUCCCGCGGUCCGCCCACUAACAGAUGACGCUGGACUCACUGGGGACCUCGACAAGCUUCAGCAAAUACAACCGGCGGGCCCCCUGUUCCUGACCACACCGGAAACUGUCAACAGCAUCGAGCCUUCCUUCGUUUGCUACGUCAGCUGUGAGCCGAGUGAUUACUCGGGCAGCAACAUCGAUUCUUCACGCAUCCUCGGUUUGAUUGAUGACCAGAAGCCAAAAGCCAUUGUGCUGUACAGUGCUUUGUCCAAUGCCUGCUCCUUUGACGCGAGCAAUGGCUACCAGUACCGUUCACUGUAUACUAUGCUCCUUUCAAGUGAUUCGCAGGCCAUUCUCAAUGCUUUGAACAACAACCCGCAGAACGCAAUGGCCAACAUCCACCUCAAUCAGUCGUCGGUCAAUGGAACAAGUUCAAACAACGGGAAUGUGUUAGGGAAGUCUCCAACUACCGCCGUCGCCAUGAUCAUUCUUUACAGCAUUACCGGUAUCAUCACGGCGCUGUUUUUGAUAAUCAUCAUAGUUGGAGCUGUUCGUGCGCAUCGUCAUCCCGAGAGAUAUGGGCCACGACGUGCGGUUGGUCGACCAAGGCAAAGCAGGGCGCGUGGGAUCGCGCGAGCAAUGCUGGACACCAUACCAAUCGUCAAAUUCGGCGACAAAGAUGAUAAGCCCGCCGAGACCAACAGGGACGUUGAGCUUGCUGCCGCUAAUUCGGAUGCUCCAAACAACGCCCCGGAUGCCUCGGACCAAGCUCGAGAAUCUGGAGACCACGUUAUGUCAGAGUCAACAGGAGAAGGACCGGAUAUGGUGAGAACAAUAUCCGCAAAUGCAGCCCCGGAUGGAGUAGCUCGCAUGUCAAGCAAUCCUAUCGAUGAUGGUCUGGCAUGCUCUGUGUGUACGGAUGAUUUUGUCAAAGGGCAAGACAUCAGAGUGCUGCCCUGCAAGCAUAAGUUUCAUCCGGAGUGCAUUGAUCCUUGGCUACUAAAUGUCUCGGGUACAUGUCCUUUGUGGUAUGUGCGGUAUGCCCCCUUGCAUCAAUUACGCUUUGCUAAUCCAGAUGCCAGUCGUGUUGAUUUGCACCCCACAUCGACGGAAGACGAUUCUGAUAUAGAAGACCACGUGCCUUCUCUGGAGACCCGCGAUGUGGAGUUGCCCCCAGAUGUGGAAAAUGGUAAUCCUGAAGCGAGACGGAAUCGGCGCUCGCGAAUUCUCUCCACCCUCAACAUAGGCAGGAUGCGGCAAGCCACCCCACAGGAACGCUUGGAAGCUUUGAGAACGCUUCGUAACGAAGGACAACUAGAGUCAGAAGCUCCAGAACGUCGACUGCAACCGGGCGGAGACGGGGCGAUGAAUCGAUUUAGCCGACGACUGAGUCGUGCCUUGGGCUCACGACCAGCAUCUGGUAUUCAGUCACGACCCGUGUCAGAAGUUCCGAUGCCUGCUUCAGAUGUGCAGCCAUCGACCGCUGCCGCGACUACCGAGCAAACAGAGCCAAGCUUGACAGUUCAACCGGAUCCGAGACGGCACGGCUCUUUCGCUGGAUGA